GUGCGACGUUCAUUGUGGUCCCCAAAAUGGCGAACGUUGCUGCAGCUACCGUGGCCGCUGCGGCCGCGGCUGCCGCCGCCAACAGAGACCCGGCCGUGGAUAGGUCACUACGAUCAGUUUUCGUUGGAAACAUUCCAUAUGAAGCCACAGAAGAGCAGCUGAAAGACAUAUUUUCUGAAGUAGGACUUGUUGUCAGCUUCAGGUUAGUGUAUGACAGAGAGACAGGAAAGCCAAAAGGAUAUGGCUUCUGUGAAUACCAGGACCAGGAAACGGCGCUCAGCGCCAUGAGGAACCUGAACGGGAGAGAGUUCAGUGGUCGGGCUCUCAGAGUCGACAAUGCAGCUAGUGAAAAAAAUAAAGAAGAGCUCAAAAGUCUGGGGACUGGAGCCCCCAUCAUCGAGUCUCCUUUUGGAGACAGCGUGUCGCCAGAGGAGGCUCCAGAGUCCAUCAGCAGAGCUGUGGCGAGUCUUCCACCUGAGCAGAUGUUUGAGUUGAUGAAACAGAUGAAGCUGUGUGUACAAAACAGCCCCCAGGAGGCGAGAAACAUGCUGCUGCAGAACCCGCAGCUGGCCUACGCUCUGCUGCAGGCGCAGGUCGUGAUGCGGAUCGUCGACCCGGAGAUCGCUUUGAAAAUGUUGCAUCGUCAAACAGCUGUUCAGCCUCUGGUGUCCAGCAGUCAGGGUGGAGGAGCACCACCUGUCAAUCCUCCUGUUCAGCCCAAUGUGCAGGUGUCUCAGCCACAACCUGUGCCAGUCAUGCAUGUGAAUGGAGCUCCUCAGAUGAUGCAGCCCGCCAACAUGGGCGUUGUCCCCAACAUGCCUGUACCGGGCCCAGUACCAGGACCCGGACAAAUCGGACCUCCAGGAAACCUACAGAAUUCCCCCACAGGAUCAGCCGGACCUGCUGCUAUCGAGCGGCCACAAGGACCGGGCGGUAUCCCACCCAGAGGCCUGUUGGGCGACGGACCCAAUGAUCCCAGAGGAGGAACUCUGCUGUCUGUCACUGGAGAGGUCAUCGACCCCAACCGGGCCUACAUGGCCGCUCCGCCUCACCAGGCCCCGCCGGUACACAUACCCCAGAUGGGAGGCGGGCCCCAGAUGGGAGGCGGGCCCCAGAUGGGAGGCGGGCCCCAGAUGGGAGGCGGGCCCCAGAUGGGAGGCGGCCCCCAGAUGGGAGGCGGGCCCCAGAUGGGAAGUGGGCCCGAAAUGAGAGGCCCUCCGAUGUCUGAGCCGCGGACCAUGAUGGUGGACCCGCGAGGGCCGCCGAUGAUGGAGCCGCGGGGACCGCCGAUGGAACCCAGAGGCCGGGACCCGAGGGCGAUGGACGCUCGCGGGCCAGUGGCGGGUCAGAGGGUUCCCAUGGUGCCUGGGAUGCAGGGCCCGGUCCCCCACGCCAUGGGUCCAAACGUUCCUCCGUCUGCAAGACCGGGUCCGGGUAUUUCUGGCGUCCCGCCCUCAGGAGGAGGCUUCAGUCCCGGACAGAGUCAGGUCUCCACUCAGGAUCAGGAGAAGGCCGCCCUCAUCAUGCAGGUGCUGCAGCUGACCCCAGAGCAGAUCGCCAUGCUGCCGCCGGAGCAGCGGCAGAGCAUCCUCAUCCUCAAGGAGCAGAUCCAGAAAACCGCCUCCGGCGCUCCGUGAUGCUCCAAGGUGGAGGAGUUCCUCCUCGGCUUCCUGUUUUGUUUUUUUGUUUUUCCUUUAAACCAAACUGUUGUAAAAUCUCAAAACUGUUUUGUCAAUAAAACUAAAGAGGUCACAAAA